AUGAACAAGAUUACAAACAAUACAUUUAACGAUAGAAAUGAAUUGUUUGUUGAGUUUGUGGCAAACGAUGCGACCGUUUAUGAGUCGUUUGAAUCCCACGAACAAGACUUGGAUGACAGACAACGGGACCCGCAUUUGAUGGACACAUCCAAUGAUAGCCUAAAUCAAAGUCAAUAUUGUGUUAAUAAUUGCGAGAAAAUGAUUAACCGAUUGAUUGCUGAUAACGAAGAGCUGAAGAAAAUGAAGGAUCAGUUGAUAGCAAUUGAAGAGCAAAACGUGGAGUUAAUUAAAGACAAACAGAGAUCGGAUUCAGCGAUGAAUCACUUGAGAGAGUCGUUUGAGAGGAAGAUAUUGCUUAAGAAUGAAGCCAUCGAUGACUUGAAGAAGAGUUUAUAUAUAUUCGAGUCGUUAAAUACAAGUCUUCACAAAGAAUUGGAGGAAAAACGACUUCAAAAACAGAGACUCGAGUCCUAUAUUAAAGAGAUUGAAGACAAAUUAUAUUUCAGUGAAAUUCAAUUAAUUGAGUGCCAGAAGAGCGAGGAAUGUCUGCUCACGUCAUAUAACAGCGCGAGACAAGCGUUCACUGAAGAGGAAGAUAACAAAUACAAGACUUUGGAACAGUUGCAGACGGCAUAUGUCGAGUGCGCUCAACAGCACAAUGAGAUCCAAGAACUGAAACAACAAAUCUCUGAUUUGGACCGAGAGAUCGCUGACAGAGACACAGAUGUCAACGAUGACGAUAUGGACCACAUUUUUGAUGAUUUUAAUGACAACAUUCCUCCAAAGCUCUCGCCUAUAACUGAUGAGAGCAAUGAAUUUCAAAGCCUUUUAGAAUCUGAAUCUGAAAACAUUGAACCAAACAAUUCAGUCGCUAAUGAAGAGAAUGAUAAACGAGUUUCAACGAAUUGUGCGAAUUCUGACAUUUGUUUUCUUUAAAAUACCGUUGAAAUCAAUUUUUGUGAUAAUAUUUAUCGCAUAUAUUGUGAUAACUCUCACUCUCUCCACAAGACUUCCGGCCUAUACUUCGUGGGAAGAAAUCAUUUACCGAUUGUUUUUACCGUAUUUAACAAAAGUCAAGACCAGUAAAACACAAUAAAUCCGUUGUUGUUAUUAUUCGUUGC